ACAUGAGAGAGGGUCAAAGAGAGAGAAAGAGAGAUAGAAUGGGGAAGACACCGGUGCGCAUGAAGGUGGUGGUAUACGCACUGUCACCAUUCCAACAGCAGGUGAUGACAGGGCUGUGGAAGGAUUUGCCCGGGAAGAUUCAGCAGAAGGUAUCUGAGAACUGGAUCAACGCUGUCCUCUUAAUUACUCCUGUCGUCGGCACCUACACGUAUGCAAUGCAUUAUCAGGAGAAGGAGAAGUUGGCUCACAGAUACUGAGAUGCGAGUACCUGUCUUAAAUUUACUCAUCCUGCUUUUGUGGGCACCUCAAUAAAACUCUUGUUGAAGUAUAAAUGAGUUUUUGUGACUUUUUAGUUACGACGUCUGGAUCAUUUAAUUUGUGUUGAAGAUAUGUUACAAACAAAA